AUGGCCCUUGAAUAUUCUUCAUCCUACUCCUUUCUCUCCCGACUCAUCAUCACUCCUUUUUUCUUCAUAUUUCUCAUUUUCCCUCUGUAUUCAAUAUUAUCAUUCCAUGUCACCUUUACAUCUGCCUCUACACCUGCCACUUCUCUUUCGAAUGUUCAACAAGAUCAGGAAGCACUUACUCUUCUAACAUGGAAGGCUAGUCUUGAUAAUCAAACCCGAUCUUUCCUUUCUUCUUGGUCUGGACGCAAUUCUUGUCAUCAUUGGUUUGGAGUGACUUGUCACAAGUCAGGAAGUGUCUCCAAUUUAGACCUUGAUAGUUGCGGUUUGAGAGGUACACUCCAUAAUCUCAAUUUCUCAUCACUUCCUAACCUCCUCAUUCUUAAUCUUCAUAACAACUCCCUCUAUGGUACCAUUCCAAUCAACAUUGGUAAUCUUUCCAAACUGAUCAUAGUUCUUGACUUUGGUUUCAAUCAUUUCAUUGGUGUAAUACCUCACCAACUUGGAUUUCUAACAUCUCUUAACUUUCUAGCAUUGUCUUCUAAUAAUUUCGAAGGCCCAAUUCCUCCUUCCAUAGGGAACUUGAGGAAUUUAACCACAUUGUACCUUCAUACUAACAAAAUUUCUAGUUCCAUCCCUAAAAAAAUUGGAUUGUUGAGAUCUCUUAGUGUUAUUGAUUUGUCAGCUAAUAAUCUCACUGGUUUGAUCCCUCCAUCUAUAGGAAACUUAAGGAACUUAACCAUUUUGUCUCUUUUUAAGAACAAACUUUCUAGUUCCAUCCCUCAAGAAAUUGGAUUAUUAAAAUCUCUUAAUUUUCUUGAUUUGUCAACUAACAAUCUCACUGGUCCAAUUCCUCCUUCCAUAGGUAACUUGAGGAACUUAACCACUUUGUACCUUCAAAGAAACAAACUAUCUGGUUCUAUCCCUCAAGAAAUUGGAUUGCUAAGAUCUCUGAAUGAUCUUCGAUUGUCAACUAACAAUCUUAUUGGUUCGAUCCCUUCUUCCAUAGGAAACUUGAGGAACUUAACCACUUUGUCUCUUUUUAAGAAUGAGCUUUCUGGUUCCAUCCCUCAAGAAAUUGGAUUGUUAAGAUCUCUUAAUGAUCUUCAAUUGUCAACUAACAAUCUUACUGGUUCAAUCCCUUCUGUCAUUGGAAACUUGAGAAAUUUAACCACUUUGUAUCUUUUUAAGAACCAGCUUUCUGGUUCCAUCCCUCAAGAAAUUGGAUGGUUGAGAUUGCUUGAUGAUCUUUACUUGGCAUUUAACAAUCUCAACGGUUCAAUACCAGCUUCCAUAGGAAACUUGUCUGGCUUAACCUUUUUGUCCCUUCAUUACAAUAGACUCAGUGGUGCCAUUCCUCCAGAAAUGAAUAAUAUCACUCAUUUGAAAUCUUUGCAGUUAGGUGAGAAUAACUUCAUUGGCCAACUACCACAAGAGAUAUGCCAUGGUAGUGUUCUUGAAAACUUUUCCGCCUUUGGAAACCAAUUCACUGGUCCUAUUCCAAAGAGCUUGAAAAAUUGCACUAGCUUAUUUAGAGUUCGGCUUGAAAGAAACCAACUUACGGGAAACAUAGCCGAAAGUUUUGGUGUCUACCCGAACCUAAAUUAUAUUGAUCUAAGCAACAACAAUUUUUAUGGUGAGUUUUCUGAGAAAUGGGGGCAGUGCCACAUGCUGACACACCUGAACAUAUCCAACAACAAUAUUUCUGGUGUUAUACCGCCUCAACUUGGGAAGGCAAUUCAACUGCAACAACUUGAUCUCUCCGCCAAUCGUUUGAGUGGGACAAUCCCAAAAGAAUUGGGUAUGUUUCCCUUAUUGUUCAAAUUGUUGCUAGGCAACAACAUUCUUUCAGGAAAUAUUCCUUUGGAAUUGGGAAACUUAUCCAAUCUUGAAAUCCUUGACUUGGCAUCAAACAGCUUAAGCGGUCCAAUUCCCAAACAACUGGGGAACUUCUGGAAAUUAUCAUCCUUGAACUUGAGCGAGAAUAGAUUUGUGGACAUCAUUCCCGACGAAAUUGGAAAGAUGCAUCAUCUUGAAAGUCUCGAUCUUAGUCAAAACAAGUUGACAGGAGAGAUACCACCGCUGCUAGGUGAAUUACAGUACCUAGAAACAUUGAAUCUCUCCCAUAACGAGCUCUUUGGCACCAUCCCACACACGUUUGAGGAUCUGAUAAGCCUGAUAGCUGCUGAUAUAUCCUACAAUCAAUUGGAAGGUCCUCUUCCCAACAUCAAAGCCUUUGCUCCAUUUGCCGCAUUCAAAAAUAAUAAAGGUCUAUGCGGUAAUAAUGUCACUCAUCUCAAGCCAUGCAGUGUUAGUCGAAAGAAGGCCAACAAGUUUUCUGUUUUGAUAAUAAUACUCCUCACUGUGAGCACUGUAUUGUUCUUAUUUGCUUUAAUUAUUGGCAUUUAUUUUCUUUUCCAAAAAUUGAGGAAGAGAAAAACCAAGUUUCCAGAAGCAAAUGUUGAAGAUCUAUUUGCAAUAUGGGGCCAUGAUGGGGAAUUGUUGUAUGAGCAAAUCAUACAAGGGACUGACAAUUUCAGUUCGAGACAGUGUAUUGGCACUGGAGGAUAUGGUACUGUUUACAAGGCUGAGUUGCCAACAGGUCGGAUUGUUGCUGUUAAAAAGCUUCACUCAUCAGAAGAUGGAGAUAUGGCUGAUUUAAAAGCUUUCAAAAGCGAGAUUCAUGCUUUAACACAAAUAAGGCAUCGCAAUAUCGUCAAGCUUUAUGGCUUCAGUUCAUUUGCAGAGAACUCGUUUUUGGUUUAUGAGUUUAUGGAAAAGGGGAGUUUGCAAAACAUUCUAUGCAACAACGAAGAAGCAGAAAGAUUAGAUUGGAUUGUGAGGCUAAACGUUGUUAAAGGCAUGGCUAAAGCUUUAUCCUAUAUGCACCAUGAUUGCUCACCUCCUCUAAUUCAUCGAGACAUAUCGAGCAACAAUGUUUUGUUAGAUUCAGAAUAUGAAGCUCAUGUAUCUGACUUUGGCACGACCAGGCUUUUAAAGUCAGACUCAUCUAAUUGGACUUCAUUUGCAGGAACUUUUGGUUAUACUGCUCCAGAACUUGCUUACACGAUGAAGGUGGAUAAUAAAACUGAUGUUUAUAGCUUCGGUGUUGUGACAUUGGAAGUAAUUAUGGGAAGGCAUCCUGGAGAACUCAUCUCAUCCCUGUUAUCAUCUGCGUCCUCAUCGUCCUCAUCAUCCUCAUCACCAUCAACCAUCCACCACUUACCACUGAAUGAUGUGAUGGACCAGCGCCCAUCACCUCCUGUGAAUCAACUGGCAGAGGAAGUAGUGGUUGCAACGAAGUUAGCAUUUGAAUGCUUGCAUGUUAAUCCCCAAUUUCGGCCAACUAUGCAACAAGUUGCUCGAGCACUCUCAACACAGUGCCCACCAUUGUCAAAAUCGUUUUCCAUGAUUAUGUUGGGUGAGCUGCUGGGUCAUGGUCAUGGGGGUGAAACUAGCUGAGGGUAUUCACUUCUCCAUGUAAAUUUUGUUAUCAAUUGAGUAUUACUGUAAAAGCUUAUAUUGGGUAGAGUAAGAAGAUUUUUUCAGGCCCGAGGAAGUUUCAGCAAAUAAGGCAUAAGUUCUCUUGUUUUACACUUUUAUUAUAAUAUAAAGCUACAAUUAUAUUUUAUGUGAAAGGGUCGAAUGUAUAGGUGUGCUACCGCGAAGAGACCCAUUCUGUUCCUGUUGAGAUGACAGAGGGGAAAUGUGAGGUUCUUCUGAAGCAUGAUCUGACAUCAUGUGACGUCCUUGAAACCUUUGGAACAUAUUUUUCUUUGAAGGGCCCCUCAAGCAGGUACUUCAUUUGUCUCUAUGUUAAAGAACGUGAUUAUUUUACCCCAUGUUGCUUCCAAAUUUGCAGGUGUAUCAAUAACCAAGUGGGCUAUUGAAUAUGAAGAGCAUGCUGGGGAUGCACUCAAAUUCAAUCAUGCAGAAUCAUCGAUGUUUAUUAACUAUUGCAGUUCGAUCCUAAGGUGAAUGAUUUCAUUAACAUGAAAAUCUCUUUUUCUCUAUCUCUCAAUUUGUAAUAGACCUGUAAAUUGGUUGUGAUGCAGGGCUGUCGUGGAGGAGUGCGGGAAUGCCGAUGGCUGUGUCUCUACUUCUGAGGCUACCAAAUAAUCUGCAUCACCGGAUCCUUGGACAAGUUGAUUUUAUUAACUGGGGGGGUUGGGGCGGCCUCCAAGCCAGGUUUGAUCAGCUUCUGCUCUGUUUUUUUACUCUAUUCUAAGAGCUAAAACCAAGCUGCCAUCUUCACAGGGUUUCUCUGGGAUGAAUCCGUUUAACCUAGGUAGCUGGACUAAAGUUCAGUGUGAAAUGAUCCUGGCCUUCUUAUCAUUUGCUGACUACUUUCAGCCUAGGUUCUUCCUGCUCGAGAAUGUGAGGACCUUUAUGUCUUUCAACAAAGAACAGGGGCAUUCCGACAAACUCUAAUUUUGUAGAGCAGUCUAUGAAGCAU